UCGACUCUGAUUGGCUACUCCGCGUGUCUCGUUGGAUUUUGUAAAAACGGAUCCCAUCUGCAGUCGCUGUUGGGCGCCGUCCGGCUGGUCUUGUUUACGUGGAGGACGAAGUGUUGUUUCUUGGUCCAGCUCCACAAUUCUGAUGAGGAGACGAGGCGAGGGAGAGAAAAAAGCAGGGCGAUGUUGACUUACCCUUCUGAUUCGCUCCCCCGCCUGAUUUUUCCAAUGGAUGACGAUGCGAUGCCCCCCAACCCUUACUGUAGUGCACCCCCCCACAGUGAGCCUCCACCACCUCUCCUCACCUUUCCCUCCAUCACUCCCAGAGGGAAUGAUGGGACAUCGGCUCACAGGAGGAAUCCAGGGAUUCAGACACGCGCUCCUCACGCCGAGGACACACCGUCCACACACAACCUGUCCUCUUUCAAGAGGCAGAGUGACAGCAGGGACAUGGUGCAAAUGUCCAAGCAGCCCAGAGUUGACAGCAUACGUCCACACGAGAAGCAGCAGGAUGGGAGUGAUCUUCAUGCUGCAGCAGAGUGCCAAAACGUACAAAAACAGCAAAGCGACACAGCAUCGAACCUAAACACCUUCCACACACAUCAUUUGAUGGACAGACUGGAGGCUACGCAAGCGCUCGCCUCCUCCGUGUCCGUCCUGGACCCACACCACGCGAGCGCUUCGGCUCCCCCGGGAUGGGUCAACCCUUUCUUCCAGUCCUUCAAGUCCAAGAUGGCCACUUUCACCGAAAUAGUCAUGAGUCCUGUCAAACUCUUCAAAGACAGAAGCGUCCCUCUUCCUUCCGCGUUGCUCGAUGGCGAGAUUCGGCUGGAUGACACGGAAAGCUUGGCGACGACGCAGGAGCACCGUGAGAACGGAAACCAGGAGCAGACUUUGUUGUCUCAUGUCCAGCAACCCGACGCAGGAAGCGACUCGACGACUGACUCUCGGCAUUCGAGGAGAUUAUUUCACGUGGACUCGUCAGCUUCGCUGGAGCACGCCGUUGAAGUGCCUUCACCCUGCAGCCCGCCCUCGGAGCAGCCGCCGACGCGGGAGACCACAUUAAAGAUGGCCGACGUGACGCGGGAGGAACCUGUGCUGGUAAAAACGCGGCUGAGGAAGCAGACAGGAAGUAAAGAUAACACAGAGAAGUCUCUGCCCUCUUUUUCCUGCGAGUCAGCACUUCCUGAUGAUGAUGAUGAUGAUGAUGAUGAUGAUGCCAAGAAUCAAGAAAAUAAAAGCCCGCCCCAGCCGCACCUCACAGAUGCUGAAACCCACUCCAAGAGGCCGCUCAACCCCGAAUGCACUCCCAAAGUCCUGAUCCACAGGAUAAGACUGAAGGCCAGUUCACGCACGACACAGUCUAAAAAUCAAGACCGGCCAGUUGGACCCGCCCCGCUGACACAGGAAGCUGCGUCCGCACAAGUAGCGUUACCCAAACAGGAAACGCUCCAGCCCGCCGCCAAGAGACGGAAUUUUACAGCAAGAGUGAAGCACAAAGUAGAAGGCGGGACAGAACCGAACGGAGCGUUGGACCCGUUCCCCCAAAGUGCCUUAGAGGGGACCUCGGUGGACCCCGUGGGUCCAGUCAACAAGCAGAAAAGCGGCAACAGGAAAGCAAAGCUCGGCCCCUCGUGCAGAACGCACAAAGCGAGAAGCGACCUCGUUGAACCCGACGUCGGCAUCGACCCGGGAGCCGCGCCUGCCGAACAGGUUCUGCUGCUGGAGCUCCAGGGAGGGAGCCGCUGCAAGAAUGUCAACACCAAGCCACGCAAACGCAAAUCGCUCGUCUCAUCUGCUGACCCGCCGGGGCCCGCCGGCCUGCCUUCUGAGCUCGCUACAAUCGAGGGCCCCGCCCCCAGCCGCUCUGUCAAGAAGCCCAAAAAAUGUUCUGAAGGUUCUGUCUCAGACAGGAUUCAGGUUCAAGUUAAAAGGAUUCGAGUUAAACCUGGUAAAUCUCCAAUGUCCACAGAACCGCUUUAUUUUGAAAUGACCCCCUUUGAAGGGAACAUCCAGUCGGAAUCUAGCGAGAUGCUCCACGUUGAAUUUCAAAAUACUACUUCCUGUGACAGUCGGGCGGCUGACGACGCAGAGGCCUCUGGGGCGCAAACCAGCGCAAGACGCUUAAACAGGAAGCAGCCCAGAGCGGCUCACCGGCGGAGGCGGUCCAGAGUCAUGGAGGACCUGCCAACACGCCCCAGCUCGCCGGAAAGCCGCGGCCUCCUCUUGCGCAGCUACUCCUGCCCGGAGAUCCCCGCCCUCUUCUCCGCCAACCGCCCUUCUCUUCCCUGGUCGCACCAGCACCUGCCAGCCCACGCCGCCGUCCUCGCUCAUGCCCUCAAAGGCGCCCGCCGGGCCCGCCGCCACACCGUGUGCAGCGUGGAGGUGGAAAGGGAGAUCGCCCCCCUGUGCCUGCGGAAGGAGGUGUACCCGUCCAGGCGCUCCUUCCCGUACGACAACCUGGCACCGCGCAGCCCGCCCGCUUCCCUCUCCCCCACCUCCUACCUCACGGCACUGGCUUCCUGCUUCCUCUCCAGCCCCCUGGCCUUCCUCUCAGGGAGGGGGGAGGCCCGCGGAGCGUCCCCCGGCCUCGCCAUAUCGAGCCACACCCCAUCUUCUUCUUCUUCUUCUUCACCGUCCCUCAGGAGUCCCACCUGCGGGGCCACGGACGCCAACGCCAGCGUGAAUCUACGGGAGUCUAACGGGGGGCAUCAGCGCGAGGAAGAGGACGCCAGCUCCUCCAGUCAGGAGUUCGACGACGCAGCACUGAGGGAAGAAAAGUCCGACUCUGGACUCAAGGUGGCGCAAAAGCACUCGGAGCGGGGCAAGGUGUCCUCCAUUCGAAUUCGGAAGGCGCUGCCCAAACCUCAGAACAACCUGACGCCCAUGGGCCUCCCGAAACCCGUCAGGCUGAAGAAGAAGCAGUUUAGUCUGGAGGAAAUUUACACCAACAAGAACUUCAGCAAACCUCCUGAAAGCCGGCUGGAGACCAUAUUCGAGGUUCCGCUCAGUCGCCGCAAUGGCUCCGAGUCCCACUUCAGCCAGCGGCGCUUCAAGCGCUUUUUGGAGUUCCUGGAGGCGGGUGAGGCCAGGAAACCAAAGAAGCCACUGGUGGGCGUCGGCAAACCCGGGGCGUCGACGCCGUCGUCACGCACCAGGAGGGGAGCCUUCGCCAAAGACGGCGGCGUCGUCGCUCUCCUGGCGCCGGACGCAGACUCGCUUCUCUGUGCCAAGCUGGACCAGCUCAACUUGUGGCUGAUCCACGACCAGGUGGACUCCUGACAUGUUUGUUUUUUUUAUUCACAAGGGCUGCUUGUUUUUUUUUUUUUUUCAAUGUUCCCUGAACACAUCACCACACAGGAAGCCUUCGGCGCUGUAUUUGUAUUCGUCCACGUUCUUCCUGUCCUAGUCAGUGUUCCGACCGCGGAAGGACGAUGCUGUGCGGUCGUCAUGGUAACGACGGUAGACGGUAAUGGCAGCUCUUAUUUAUUGCAACAUCGCCGCAAACCAGUUGCGACGCUGCGCACGUGUCAUGGCCGCCGUGCUUGGGUCGUCGCUCAGUGCCCGGGGCGUCGAUGCCCACCUUAACUGUCAGCAUUAGCGUCUUCGCCGUUCCUCAAGUGACUCCCGAGCACAACGUUUUUUUUUAAAGCAUUUAUUAUAAAAUAGUUUUUGUAUAAAAGCACAACGUUGAUACAGUUAAUAAAGUAAGGAUGCAAUAAUAAUGUUGGCGCUCGUGUUGCUGCCAUCUUGACUUAUUUAUUAGCUUUUCUACAACCUUCAGUAUUGUUACGUUUGAAUGCAUACGGUCAUGUUGCAUUCACUGUCAGUGUGUGUGUGUGUGUGUGUGGUUUUAUACGGACGUUUAACUUGGCGAGGGUCGCCACGGUGGAAAAUAAAUAAAUAUCAGCCUAUAAACA